GCCAAAACCUUAAGAAAUAAAAAUAAAACAAAUAGAUUGGAUAGUUGAUUAAAAAUAUUAAUAUUUAUAAAUAUUUAUGAUAUUCUGAUUAUUAAUUAUUCAAAAAAAUGACUCUUUUAUUAAACAAAAUACCGAAUAUUCUAAGGAUUAGUUUUCAACGAAAUAUUUGUUCGUCUCAUUCGAUUAAUGCUCACUGGAACAAAGAUUGGAUUGCAAAGCCAUACCCGAAAACUGAACAAGAACGUAAGAUUGCUGCAGAAAAAUAUAAUUUGCAUCCAGAUGAAUAUAAAGCGUAUCCAGAUGAUGGACUUGGUUAUGGCGACUAUCCUAAGCUCCCGUUUAAAGGGGUUGCUUUGCGGGAUCCAUAUUAUCCUUAUGAUCAUCCUGAACACAGAAGGAAUUACGAUGAACCGGUUCAUAUUGAUAUAAACAUACUUGGUGAAGAUCGUUAUGAUGCUGGUGCUUCUGAUCGAUAUUCAAAUAAAGUUAUGGUGACUAGUUUCUUACUUAUUUUUGGAACUCUCUUUGGCGCAUGCUACUUAUCCGACUACAUUCCAAUGUUUCAGCCCGUUGCAGAAAAACAAUAUCCAUGGAAAGGAAAGACAUAUUACACUUUUGAAAAAGUGAACUAAUAAAACAAAAUGUAUAAUUAUUGAUGAAAGUAAAUUCUUUAAGUUAUACUUAAAAAAAAAUUGUAUUUAGAAAAUUCUAUUCAAACCUGUAUUAGACUAUUGUUCAUUUAAGCAUUAUCGAAAGCAUUGCAAUAGAAUAUAUUUAAACUUGCACACCUAAA